AGCUGCACAAAGAGGAACGCGCACUUGCGCUCCAGUUUAGUUUCUUCCUAGCAGCCUUCACGAGUCAAACUUGGAUGCGCGAGCCGCAAAGGCAGAUGCAAUGUCUCUUGCCCGUCAGUCGCAUCUAGGAUUGCACAGUCAGCGAAUUAAUUUACGUGGAAGGAGUCUCUCAUAGUCGCUUGUGUGUGUACGUGUGUCCGUUCAGCGUGUGCAUCAUCACUGUGCACCGGAGGGAAUAAAGGGGAGAGAGACAAAGAAGGAGCAUACGCGGUGAUUCCUGUUUUUUUCUCUUUUCUUCUCCGUCUCUUACUCAAGCCAGUUUCUUUCAGUCAAGGGUGUGCCCCAGGUAUACCACCGUUCAGCGUUGUACGCGUCUGAUCGAAUCUGGAGCAGUUCCGUUGCUUACCGCGCCACUCUGCUUCUUCUUCGUUUGUUUGUUUUCUUUCUUUCAUUGUGAGUGUCUCGCAGCUAAGUCGCCUCUCUGCUUCUAACGGGAUUUCUUUUCCAUUGUUUGUUUAUCUUUGGUACUUCGACGCUAGCCACCGGCCGCUACCGCGACGCCAGCAUGAGCGCCAACACCUUUGUGUCCUACGCCAUCUUAGCCUUGGAAGCGCUAGUUGGGUUCUGUGUUUGCCUUGCCUUCAUGAAACGCAGCCAUCGCCGUUAUGCAGUAGAAGAGACGGAGGCGGAUGACACAGCUGCGCAUGGCACAACUCUCCCACGCAGCAGCAGCAGCACUGCUCCGGCCACAGCAGGCGAUGCGGCGGCCGCCACGGUGCUCUACACAGCUGCCACGGCUCGACAUCGACGCAGUCAGGCGAAUUUUGCGUCGUACUUCCCCGCAGCGGAGCUUCGACAAGCGGUGGUAGACGGAAGCGUGGUGGCGGAAGUGAAAGGCGUGAGAGAAGAGGCGGAGGCGCAGAAGGACAGCGAUAAAGACGCACCCUACGGAAAGGCGACCUACAUCCACCGUCCGCGCAGUACAGCAUCCAAGUGA